CGGAGAAAAAAAUAUCACGUGACAGAAAUAUGGUGUCCGCGCGACGUCUGAUUUACCCAUAAGGCAUCGCGCGCUUGUUUCUCCGAGGUCAAGAUGGCGGCGAGGGCACCUGCUGCAACCGGUGGGCGUCUGCUUGAAAGAUUUCGCAAAUGGUAUUACAAUGCGGCUGGAUUCAAUAAGCUUGGUCUUAUGAGGGAUGAUACGUUGUACGAGGAUGAAGAUGUGAAGGAAGCACUAAAGAGGCUGCCCGAAGAUAUGUAUUACGAAAGAUUGUUUCGCAUCAAGAGAGCGAUAGACUUGACCAUGAGGCAACAAAUCCUUCCCAAAGAACAGUGGGUUAAAUAUGAAGAGGAUAAAUAUUAUCUGGAGCCGUACCUGAAAGAAGUCAUUCGAGAAAGACGCGAGAAGGAGGAGUGGGCAAAGAAAUAACAGAUUUGUAACUCUUUUGUGCAAACUCUUCCCUAAAGUUCUACCGAGGUCUAUUGAAAAAUCUGGGUGCCGAGAAAUCCCUCCUAAUGUUAUAAUUGCUGGAGAUUUUGUCCAUCCAACUGAAACAUUACUAAACCAGCUUGGAAUCCUUUCUCCUAAGUUGCAAGGAAUUGGUUCAAGUAUUUUUCAACUACAUUGCAUGCUAGCAGGGUAAUCUGUGAUCUUUGUUCCAGCUGUUUGAGUAAUUAUUUUGUCAUAAUACAGCUGUUUCCUGCAGCUGGGAAGGUAGAUAGCAACAGAAUUUGCUGUUUUUGUUCCUGCUCUUUGGGCUUGCUUUUUUCAAACAAGGGAUAUCCACCUGCACUGUGACUGUGCACAUCCAUCAUCACUUCUUGUCUCUGGAGAUGGGAAUGCAGGCACAAGCUUCAGCAUUCAGCAGCAGCCCUAGACGGGUUAUGUAACCCAUCAUGUCUACCCAAACAAAUGGAAUGGUACAUUAAUAAACCCUUUUGGAAUGUUUGUGUUUCCUGCCAGUCUUUCAAUAAAAAUUGCCUCAUUUAA